ACCCUCGAUGCGCUAGAAGGCGGAGGAGGAACUUUGUGCUUCUGGUGCCUGGAGAAGAGAACAGCCCUGCGCCUGAACUAAGCAGACAACCCGGCUUGCUUGCAUCGCUUGUAGCGCAGAGACUCUUGUUUACUUUGGCCUGGUAUUUGCACCGGUGGACUUUGUUAUCUCGGCCGCCCCCCCUCCCCUCCCCCGGGCCACUCGCCACGCCCGACCCUGCGCGCCGGAUUCCCGCUGCUCUGCCGAUAAAUUCCUCCACCGCCGUCCUCUCGGUUACAGCUUCCGCUCGGUCUCGUCCGCCUGGACUCUUCCUGCAACUCCGCGCCAGCCAUGCAAGCCGCAGUGCUCUCGCUGGCCUUCUGCGCCCUCCAGCUGUGGCCAGCUGCGCGCGGAGGCCCCCAGCACCAGCGCUUUGAUGCUCAGAACCACAAGUGGCCCGCACGGCUGUUCAAGGUGGAGAGCUUUGAGUGGGAGAACUGUGGUCCUUCAUCAGAUCCUGCUGUGAUUAAAAGCCUGUCUGUUGAUCCGAGUCCAAUUGAAAUCCCAGGAAAAGUGACAGUAUGCGCAUCCGUCUCCACCACAGUGGCCGUCGAAGCACCUGUGCAGGCAAAUGUCACUUUGGAGAAGAGACUUGGUCAAAUGUGGAUUAAGAUCCCCUGCGUGGAUAAACUCGGGAGCUGCUUCUAUGAAGAUGUUUGUGCCAUACUGGAGUCUCUUAUCCCUCCUGGCGUACCAUGUCCGGAACCCCUUCUGUCUUACGGCAUACCUUGUCAUUGUCCCUUCAAAGCGGGUUCUUACAACUUGCCUUCCUCCGAAUUCUUCAUACCCAAUAUAGACCUGCCUUCUUUCCUCACCAACGGGGACUACAAGCUGAAAGCUGUGCUGAAGAGUGGCGAUCAAGAGCUUGCCUGCAUCCAGGUGUCCUGCUCUCUACAGGCCCAGAGCUGGAGGUUUUAAGGGUCGCAUUGCUGGCAUCAUUGGGGCCAAGUGCCAUUUUAUCUUCCUGCUACUUCUGUUCUCUUGAUACUAAUACUGAGACUCACUUUUCGGCCUUAAAGGGAAGGGUUAUAGUUACUGCUUUUAUGAUGUGUUCUUAAUCACUUUGAAAGACAAAUCAUGUGCAAUGAAGAAAUGUUUCUGAUUAGAAGCUGGGAUGACUGAUCAGCCGAUGUUUAGCACUGUAGGGAUGUGAUGUCUUCUAUUGGAAUGGUGGAGGUGGGGGUGGGAUGGAUGGUAGUCAUGGGCCAAAUGCCCCUUCCGGAAUGUGAACAUACCAUAGAAGGACACUUUUAUCGUCUUUACCCGUUGUUAGGAAUAUGAAAUGUCCUUGCAUUCCAUGAGCUUUACUAUGAAAGGAGAACCCAUUAAGGGUUUGAGAUACUAGAGGGUCGUGCAUGCAUGUGCCUCUGUAACACAAUAGCCUGCCCAAGAGCCCACCAAGAAGAAGAGAGAGGAAGAUAGCACCCUUUCUGGUGCUUAAGAGUCCUGAAUAGCCAAGCAGGACCGGUUACUUCUUUCUCGCCCCCUCAUUGCCUAUCUGCCUGAAUGAGGUGGCUACUUAACCUUCCUACAUACCGAUCACUUUAUAUGCAUGGGCAUUUUUGACCCUUCAAUUGGCCAGAUAGCCCAGCCUUAUUCUGCCUGAGUUGUGUUUUCUGAAUGAGGGCCCCAAGAGCCAAUCUGGGGAAGGGACAAGGGGGAAAAUCUCCUGACUACUCUUGCUUUUUUUUUAAAAAAAAACACCCUUUUAUAUCCCACUCUAAAUCAUAGGUCAUGUCAUACUGUUUAACACACCUGGCUUGGCAUGCAUCACUUGUACAAUGGUGUCUUCUGAACAAUAAAGUUAGAGUUUGUUUCGAGGGGGGCGUGAUCUUGAAGGCAAAACAAGCAUGGAGGGCAGUUUGAAAAAUGCCAUUUGUGCCGGGGGCGGGGGGGAGCGGCUGAAAGACAUGUACGAAGUGGUCCUUCUGUACAUGUUUGACUGUGCCAAUGUUCUGCAACAUGACUAAUAGUGAAGGAUAUUGGCUUCCAUGGGGCAGAAUGUAAUCUUCCAAAUUCUGAAACAUCAGGAAGACUCUCAAACACAAAAAUCUGUAUAGAAGAUUAUUAAUAUGUUUACAUUUCUUGUGGAACUUUACUACCCUUUCUGGAGAAGAUGUGGUAUCCCUACAUUAUUCACCUAUUGAAGGCAAAUUGGCACACUUCUAUAUGGGAAUUUUCUCUUGUCCAACUAGAGAAAGUUACUGACUUUCUGGUGUGUAAGAAACCAGUUGGCUCCAUGCUCUUACAGGAUUUCGGGGAGCCAUACUUUGGAUUGAGCAACCUAACUGGCUUAUCUACUUUCUAAGUAGUACCACCAUUUUGGAGCACAACUAACCUACCUGUGAAUUAAAUAAUCUGAAGACAUGAAUAUAAGUAUCAGUUGAAUAAAAGAUCUAUCAGCUGCCAAUUUAACUGCCAUGUCUUGUGUCCUCUGAAUGGUGGCUGCUUGAGAGUCUUGCCAACAAUGUAGUCCUAGGAGGACAUGGACACAUUUGUUUAGUAUGCAAAAUGUAUAAUAAUAUCACAAUCUUUCAAAGUUUAAGAUGCAGACUAAUUGCUUCAUAUCUCCCUCUAAAAACAAAAUACACUGCAGUUUAUAUAAGAUUAAAAGGCAAAACUAGACUGAGAAAGGUUGCAGUGCUUAAUCUGGGCAGAUUAGCUCUGGGUUGCUUGCAAGUUAAGAGCUCUGAAGAAGGGGAGCGUCUUCUGAGGACUGAUUUCCUUAACUCUUUUUAGGAGUCCUUCCUACCCUUUUCAUUAUAUGGUUGCAUAACACAAUAAUCCAGCAUCUUUCUCCAUGUACAGAUACAGUGCACAGCGUAGCAUCUGGUAUCACUGUUUCUAAGCAUGCCAUUGACAUUGUGACCCAUAUGCAACCUGUUGAUACUGGUCUGUGUUCGUUAGCCUUAAUUUAAAUGUUGCCAUAUAAUCUUACGAGUAGAUGACUGGUACUUUAUGCGUAGGACAAAAUGACUUUAUUAUUGUCCCUGAUUUUGGUACAUUUCAUGAAUGAUAAUUUUUCAGUUUAUUUGAUUAAUUUUUUAAGCAUUUGGAAUGAAGAUAAUUUUAUCAACAACUAGCUGGUUUAUCUUUUGGGGUCCAGUUUCAUAUUGAAAAAAAUCCUGUGCUCUUCAAUGUUGGUGCCACAAAGAAGUAUUGAAUAAAUAUUUUUAUUAAUCCUA